CCUCAUUUCACCAAAGCAUUAGUGUCCAAACGUCUUGGAUCGUCCUUUUUUAGAGCAUUGUUACAUUAUGGCGCAAAGCAGUGUACAAGAAGGCAUGCAAACCAUGUCUAAGGUGUCGAUCGAUGAGAUCAGGAAGGCCCAACGAACAGAGGGUCCCGCCACGGUUCUAGCCAUCGCCACAGCCACGCCGCAGAAUGAGUUCAUCCAGGCAGACUGGCCGGAGUACUACUUUAAGGUGACGAAUAGCGAGCAAAUGACUGAUCUCAAAGAGAAGUUCAAGCGAAUAUGUGAUAAAUCGAUGAUUCGGAAACGUCACAUGCACCUAACCGAGGACAUACUCAAGGAGAAUCCCAACAUCUGUGCGUACAUGGCCCCAUCCCUUGAUGCCCGCCAGGAAAUAGCCAUCGUCGCUGUCCCAGAGCUCGGUAAGGAAGCAGCAGCCAAGGCCAUCGAGGAGUGGGGCCACCCAAAAUCUAAGAUCACCCACCUAAUCUUCUGCACCUCCAGCAGUGUCGACAUGCCUGGCGCCGACUACCAGCUCACCACGCUCCUUAGCCUCCAUCCAUCCAUCAAACGCUACAUGAUCUACCAACAAGGCUGCUUUGCUGGUGGUACAGCCCUCCGGCUUGCAAAAGACCUAGCCGAGAACAAUGCCGGUGCACGUGUUCUUGUUGUGUGCUCCGAGAUCACUGCCACUGGUUUCCGCGGCCCCUCGGAAACUGACCUCAAUAGCCUUGUUGCUCAAGCACUCUUUGGAGAUGGUGCAGCUGCAGUGAUUAUAGGAGCUGAUCCUAACUCCUCCGAAAAACCACUCUUUCAACUUGUGUCAGCCUCACAAACCAUACUAGCUGAUUCAGAGGGUGCAAUCCGUGUCCACUCACGUGAGGUGGGCCUCACAGUGCACCUUGUCAAGGAAGUGCCAAGCCUCAUAUCGAAGAACAUCAAGAAGAUAGUAGCAGAGGCAUUUGAGCCACUCGGCAUCGAUGACUGGAAUUUGAUUUUCUGGAUCACGCACCCAGGUGGGGCGGCCAUACUUGAUCAAGUAGAGGAAAAAAUGAAACUCAAGACAGAGAAGUUGAGGGCUACAAGGCACAUUCUAAGCGAGUUCGGGAACAUGUCGAGCGCGUCUGUACUGUUUAUUUUGGAUGAGAUGAGGAGGAAGUCUGUAGAGGAAGGGAAGACAACGACAGGAGAGGGAUUAGAUUGGGGUGUGUUGUUUGGGUUUGGGCCUGGCCUGACUGUUGAGACUGUGGUCUUGCAUAGCCUUCCUAUAAGUGUAGCCCACUAA